AUGAGUCUUGCAGCGAGCACGUCCGAGGCAAAGGCCGUCGAGCACGCAAAGUAUGUUGCACCAGUGGACGCCGUCAGCGCAGUCGUCUACGAGAAUGCAGACCAACUGUUCGCUUACGAGUGCUUCUCGCAGCGGGAUCUGUUGUACGGGUCUCUGCAGAGAUGGAACCAGUUGCAGGGGAAGUUUUUCCAGGAGCUUCAGGUUAGAGCAGGUGCAGGGUUGGCCCCACUAGGGUUCGCCCAUGGCGGUGACGGAGAAGAAUCGCUAACUGCUAUCGUUGCCCCAGGGUAUUCGCUGCCUUACUUCGUGGCAGCGUUCAACGGGACGGAAGGUGCUGCUGCUGAUGGUGCAAGAUUUCUGCUGAAUGUUGGUGCGGUCAACUACGACGAAUCCUCGGGGACAGUCUACAACGAUUACGCUACUCCAUUGGACACCGUGGUAGCACAGCUCCGGGAUAAGUUUGUUGUUGUCACACCCACGAACUUGCAAGAGGCAGAGAAGAUUACGCUGUUGGCCGUCGCAGUCUCAAAGUUCGCUACGGACUUCAGGGGCGCACUGAACUUGUUCGACGCCGUGUCAUACACUAGAAAUGUCGUCCCACGCGGGCAGAUCGACUCCGUGGUCUCGCAGUCACCACAUCUCCUUGCUUCUUUGCAGAAACACUUGAAGUGCGGCGCAGGGUCAUCCUUUACGCAAGUCCUGGACAAGUUCAACGAGCUGACUCAGUUCCACUUGCACAACUUCCAGUACACUGGGCCAGAGCACCCUGAAACGGUAUUUGUCACGCUGGGCGCUGUUCAGUCAGAGUUGUUCGCCAAUCAAUGCGGCGGGGACGUCGGGAACAUCGCAGUGAGGAUCCCAACCCCAUUCGACGCGGACAAAUUUGUCGCUAUCCUGCCUACAUCCGUGCAGAACUUGGUCCUCAUCAACCAGGGCAACGGCGCUUCCCACGGCAACUACCUGAAGAACCAGAUCAACGCGGCUCUCUUCUACUCGCAGAGAGGGUCCCAAAGCAAGAAAACCAACGUCACGGACUACGUCUACGAACCUGACUUUGUUUGGUCGCCAUCCGCUGCCGCGCAGAUCGUCAACACGUUUGCGAAGACAACAAGGGCAGACACAACAGCAAAUCCCGCCAAUAAACAGUUUAUCUAUUGGGGGAGAGACAAGGGCGACAACGUGGACGUCCCAGCAAGAAUCGCCAAGUCUAUGUCCCUAGACGACGGGAAGUAUGUCAAUUUCAAGACAAAAUACGACAACAUCACCGCCGCUGGACUGUUCCAAGCGCAACUGCAAUACGGGCCGGACCCUCAGGGGUUCACCACGAGCAACGUCGACGUCGCCAGUGUUGCGAUCGUCGAGGACGUGGCCCUGCUGAAGGAGGUCAACGUUGCUGCUACGGUCCAAACCGGCGGUGACGUCAUCCUAGUCGCUCGCAAGCCCUUGGCGGAACAGGACUUGUCGAAGUUGGACACUUUUGUCAAGCAUGAGAACAUCCCAGAGCAAUUCCUUGCCGAAUUGACCGCUAGGGAAAUCAACUUGACUUUGAUAGACAGUGAGGAGUUUUUUGGGGAACAACCAUUUGGGGUCUCCGUUCUCAUCCAGGCUGCCUUCUGGGCCAGAUCGUUCGGUUACAACACGGAUGAAAUCAUCAAACGUGUGUACGUGGCCAGCAACGGUCAACUGGAGACAGCAGACUUGAACAAGUUCUUGAACGAGGACAGUGCGCUCAAGACGAACGUUGUACAGAUUCCAUUCGAGAAGAUCCCUCAGGCUGAACCGGCCGCUGAACCUUCCAAGGACAAUCCAGAGGGCGAGAAACAGAAGGAGGAGGAACAACCUGAACUACCAAUCUUCCCACGUGAGACCUCGUUUGGACCAAACAACACUCAAAACGUGACUGUCCCUGAAUCUCAGACCUCAACGGUCCAAGAAAUUUCAAAGAGACUGGCCUUCAAGGAGGCGUACGGUAUCACCAAGAAAUUGAGACCAGACUUGCCGGUCAAGAACUACGUCGUCAAAGUCAAGACCAACAAACGUGUCACCCCUGCGGACUACGACAGAUACAUCUUCAACAUCGAAUUCGACAUCUCCGGCACAGGUAUGCAGUACGGGCUCGGUGAGGCUCUUGGGAUCCACGCAAGAAACAACGAACAGCAGGUCUCUGAGUUUUUGGAAAACUACGGGUUGGACCCGAACGCCAUUGUGCAAGUGCCCAACAAGGACAACCACAACGUGUUGGAAUCGCGCACUGUCUUCCAAAGCUUCGUCGAGAACCUGGACUUAUUUGGGAAACCACCAAAGAGAUUUUACGAAUCCUUGGUCGAACUUGCCACGGACGCGGACGACAAGGCGAAAUUGGAGGCGCUAGUUGCCCCAGAGGGGGCCAUUGAGUUGAAAAAGUUCCAGGAUAUCGAGUUUUACAACUACGUUGAUAUCCUGAACUUAUACCCCUCCGCCAGACCAUCCUUGCAGCAACUGGUGACUCUGAUCGCGCCAUUGAAGAGAAGAGAGUACUCCAUCGCGUCCUCUCAAAAGAUGCACCCGAACGAAGUUCACUUGUUGAUUGUCGUUGUCGACUGGUUUGACAACCAAGGCAGAAAGAGAUUUGGGCAAGCGUCCAAGUAUAUCUCUGACUUGCAACCGGGUCAAGAGCUUGUUGUGUCUGUCAAACCAUCCGUUAUGAAGCUGCCACCAAACCCAGAACAACCGGUCGUGAUGAGCGGGCUAGGCACAGGGUUGGCUCCCUUCAAAGCCAUUGUCGAGGAGAAGCUAUGGCAGAAGCAGCAGGGGCAAACCAUUGGUGAAGUUUACCUGUAUCUGGGGUCCCGUCACAAACGUGAGGAGUACCUAUACGGUGAGCUGUGGGAGGCCUACAAGGACGCUGGUAUUAUCACUCACAUUGGUGCAGCCUUUUCGAGAGAUCAACCUCAAAAGAUCUACAUUCAAGACCGUAUCAGAGAAACGUUGCCUGAGUUAAGGACCGCCAUCAUGGAUAAGCAAGGGUCAUUCUACCUGUGUGGUCCAACCUGGCCCGUCCCUGACAUCACUCAGGCUUUGAAGGAUAUCAUCUCUGCGGAUGCCCAAGAGAAGGGCAUUAAAAUUGACUUGAACGCUAUGAUUGAAGAAUUCAAGGACACCUCCAGAUACAUUCUGGAAGUUUACUGA